GGAGGAGACAGAGAAUUGCUAGUUAGGAUCGUGGACCAACACGAACGUCACAACUCGGCUCCGCGCUUCUAUUUUGGGUUGCAUUGGAGCAAACAACAGACUUGAAAGGUGCCUUGGCCCAUGAGAUGCCUCCUAUGCUGGGCUCCGAGUGUUGUUCAACUGGGUCCUCUCGGUCUAUAUAAGACCGCCCAUCCCAUUCCCGGGUCUUGCUUGAGAACCAGCAUCCUUCAACACUCGGAACAAACAGAGUCUCGAGAAGACACCGGUCCUACCCAAGACCAACUAAGCACCAUGCUCGCCAAGCUCUCCGUUCUCGCCCUCGCGGCUGCCGCUCCCCUGGCUGCGGCCGUCGGCAAGGCCCGCGUCGUCAACAAGUGCGACAACGACGUGCACCUCUGGGCCGUCGGCGCCAACGUCGACGGCCCUCACAAGCUGUCCAAGGGCGGCGUGUACGAGGAGGCCUUCACCAAGGACCCCGUCACGGGCGGCCGGGCGCUCAAGAUCACCAUCCCCGAGGACGGCCUCUACUCGGGCGCCCCGCAGACCAUCUACGCCUACAACCUCGACGGCCCGAGGGUCUGGUACGACCUCAGCGACGUCUUCGGCGACGCCUUCGCCGGCAAGAAGCUCGUCGUCGCCAGCGACGAGCCCUCCUGCCCGUCCAUCAUCUGGCCCACCGGCGUCCCGCCCGCCGGCAGCCAGGUCAAGACCUGCACUUCCGAGAAGAGCGUCACGCUCACCCUCUGCGCCCCGUAAAGAGGCGGAGGAUUUGGGGAAGAGAGUGACGGGCUUGAUAUUGGGAGCAUCAUUAGGGGCGGUUUGGGACCGUUAAUUAAAAAAGAAAUAAACAUCCAAGUCCAUCCCGCUAUUUCGGGCGAGGGAUGAUACUGCUUCCACCGGUCCUUGGGCCUGAUGGAAAACUGAAUGAAUAUACCCAACCGUUAAAUAAUGACAAAACUUUAACGCUUGUUCAGCCAUCUAGCCAUGCCCUGUG